AUGUUUCAAUACCUCGUACCAUUUUUGCUUCUAGCAGUGCCUACUCUUGCGCUUCCCGCUCCAGGCGCAUGUACCACUCUCCCUGAAAACAUCGAUUUCACGACAAACCCCGCCCUCCCAAAUCCCUUCGCGUUUCUCGAUGGUACACCCGUCGUAACACCUGAACAGUGGGCCUGCCGCCGCGAGGAGAUUGGCCAACUAUUCCAGCGUUUCGAACUUGGUACUCUCCCACCUAGGCCAGAACAAGUUUCUGGAUCUUUCUCCAACGGUGUCCUCACCGUCAACGCAACCGAGGCCGGGAAAUCCAUUUCCUUCACUGUCCCCAUCACCCCACCCAAGAACCUGACACUGGCGGGUAAAGGUCCUUUCCCCGCUGUCAUCGCCGUCGGUGGAGCUAGCGUCCCCAUUCCAUCAGACGUUGCUCUCAUCAACUUCAACAAUAACGAUAUCGCUCUCCAGAACGAUCAGAGCAGCCGAGGAGUAGGCAAAUUCUUCACCCUUUACGGCUCAAACCACUCUGCGGGUGCCCUCAUCGCGUGGACGUGGGGUAUCGGACGCAUCAUCGACGUGUUGGAGACCACACCGGGCCACAACAUUGACGUGAAACGGCUUGGAGUUACUGGAUGCAGUCGUAACGGCAAAGGCGCGUACGUCGCUGGUGCCUUCGAGGAGCGAAUCGCGCUCACGCUGGUUCAGGAGUCUGGGUCUGGCGGCGCAGGGUGCUGGCGCAUCUCCGACGACAUGCUCAACAAACAGAACAUCACCACGCAGACUGCAUCCGAGAUUGUCCAGGAGAACGUUUGGUUCUCUCCUAACUUCAAUCCAUUCGUGAAUGAGGUCACGGUCCUCCCAUUUGACCACCACAUGCUCGCUGGCCUCGUCGCUCCCCGCGGGCUGCUAGUGAUCGACAACACCGGCAUCGACUGGCUCGGUCCCGAGUCGGUGUGGGGAUGCCAGACAACUGGACACCUCAUCUACGAAGCACUCGGGAUCCCUAGCUCAAUGGGAAUCACUCAGGAGGGUAACCACGACCACUGUGCACUUCCCGCAGACGAAGCACCCGACGUUUCCGCAUUCAUCAGCCGAUUCCUCAAGGGCCAGAAUGUGAAUACCACUGUUUUCGACACUGAUGGGCCGAACAAUGUUGGCUUUGUUCCAUCCACCUACAUCAAUUGGAAUGUUCCCAAACUUCAUUGA